AUGUAUCGGUCGACGAGGAAAUGGUGUUCAGCUCUUAUUGACUCUCACUGCUCUCGGUUGAUCGUUAUUUCUGAGAGAUGCCGGUUGUGGAGCGGAAAGCAUGUAGAUGUGAAGACUAUCGAUGGCAGAAUGCAGGCAGGCUGUGGCGUUGGGACCGUUAAUAUCGGCAUAGAGAGUGACAAGACAACCAAGGUUGAAGUUCUUGUGGUACUUCUUAUUCAUAAUCUAUCUAUCUUUGUCUGUUCAUAUCUAUCUAUCUAUCUAUCUAUCUAUCUAUCUAUCUAUCUAUCUGUCUUCUUAUUUAUAAUCUAUCUAUCUAUCUAUCUAUCUAUCUAUCUAUCUAUCUAUCUAUCUAUCUAUCUGUCUUUUCGUAUCAAUUCUCUCUAUCUUUCUUAUUUCUUUCUCAAUAAUUUUUCUCUCGUUUGUACAAAUCUCUUUCUUUCUUUCUUUCUUUCUUUCUUUCUUCCUUUCUUUAUUUCUUAUUUUCUUCCUUUCUUUAUUUCUUAUUUUCUCUUGUUUAUACAGGUAAUUUAUUUUUCUUUCUUUCUUUCUUUCUUUCUUUCUUUCUUUUUUCUUUCUUUCUUUAUUUCUUUGUUUUUUCUUUUCUUUUCUUUUCUUUCUUUCUUUCUUUCUUUUUUCUUUCAUUUCUUUCUUUCUUUCUUUUCUUUCUUUUCGUUUCUUUUUUAA